AUGUCUGAUUACAUUCUUUACAACUAUACACCUUCGCUGGCAGCUGCAAUCAUUUGUCUGCUCCUCUUCAUCGCUAUAAACCUCGGCCACAUAUUUUUGGCUUGGAAGCACAAGACACAAUUUUUCAUAACUUUCAUUAUUGGUGGUUUCUUUGAAGCAAUUGGAUAUGCGGCACGAGCAGUCAACGCCCACGAAGCCCCAAAUUACGCGACCAUGCCAUACGCUUUACAAAGUCUCUUUAUUCUACUCGGCCCUUCUCUGUUUUCGGCAUCGAUCUAUAUGAUACUUGGUCGAAUCAUUCGUCUGACGGACGGAGACUCGAGGUCUCUCAUUCGCGCAUCAAGAUUAACAAAAAUCUUUGUAUGCGGUGAUGUCCUGGCAUUCUUUGUCCAGAGUACAGGAGGCGCAUUGAUGUCAGGAGCCAAAUCAGCCAGCAAGUUAAAGCUUGGCGAAAACGUUAUCAUCGUUGGUUUGUUCGUCCAAAUGAUCUUCUUUGGCUUUUUCGUGGUCGUUUCGAUCGUCUUCCACAAGCGGAUGGACAGAAACCCCACCACAUCAGCUAUGGGCACUUCAGUUGACUGGCAACGGUACAUGUGUACUCUGUACUUUGCAAGUGCUUUGAUCAUAAUUCGUUGUCUUUACCGAGUGAUUGAGUACAUUCAAGGAUCAACUGGCUUUUUGCAAAGCCACGAGUACUUUGCUUAUAUCUUUGACACUUCUCUGAUGAUCGUGGUCAUGCUCACUUUCCUGAUUUUCCACCCAAGCCAAGUUGUUUCUGGACACAGCAAGAUGGAUGAUGCGGAGCUCAUGUAUAGGCAGGUGGCAUAG